AUGAUUGCAGAGAAGCUCCAGAUUGUAUCGCACUGCAGCGGACCAGAUCUAUUCGACGGUGACCUCUACCCAAUCCACUGGAACCCCCUUCCGGUGAAUGAGCACCCUGAUGUCAGCAACCUUCCUUCAAUGGACUACGCACUCUACCUGUUCAAUACCGUCAAAUUUCAUCUGGGACAUAACUUCCGUCUACUCGAUGAAGUCAACUUUUUACACCACACCAAGGAGUUCUACCAUGGAGACGCAGCAAAGGAAGCAAGCAAGAAUCGGCUAUGGUUCGUUCAGUUUCUACUAGUUCUUGCAUUUGGGAAUGCAUUCUUGUUGCCAGUGGGCUGUCAUUCAAGUAGCGACAAUAAAGAGCCACCCGGGGCUAAGUACUUCGUGAGGGCUAUGAGUCUCAUGCCCGAUCCGACAACGUUAUCCCGCGGCGGGUUUGUGGCUAUUGAAGUGCUCGCAUUGACAGGGUUGUAUCUUUAUUGUAUUGAUCACCGGUCUUCAGCAUACUCUUAUGUGGGACACGCCAUCCGCAUUGCACAGAUGGACGGUAUGCAUACUCAACUGCCUGAAGACGAGCUCGGAGCAGAAACUGUCGCCCGGUCGAGGGAUCUUUGGUGGACACUAUACGUUUUGGACCGCCACAUAUCGUCGUCAGUUGGUGCGUCCAUGACACUCCAGGAUAGCGAUAUCACCACCCUGCUUGACCCACCCGGGACAACAGCGCAGAGCAAUGCUACGCUUGGCCUUCUGGUGAGGCUGUCGCAUCUUCUAUCAUAUAUUCUGUCAACUAUAUACAAAUGUAGUCAAACUCAGCUGGGGACGUUCCUCGAGACCACACGAUCGAUUUUACAAGUCCUUGCCAGUCAAGCCCAAGACAUCGAGAAUAUCAUGGAAGUGAAAUUCCAGAACUCAGUGGACGCCAUGUCGAAGGGAACAAGGCACGUUACGCUGCUAUAUCACCAGUGCGUAAUAGUAGCUACGCGCCCACUGUUGCUAUCGGUGCUUAAAGAGCGAUUAGACCGACUAGGUCACGGACCGGAAGACUGGCAGAGCAUUGUGGCCACGACCGAUGGUCUGAUCUCGGCAGGCAUUAAGUCGGCAAUCAAAACGCUGCAGAUACUGAAGGACGAAGACAAUCUACUAGACGUCUUCCUCCCCUUCGACAUGGAGUUCACCUACGGAGCAGCAAUGCACAUCGCCAUGGCCAAAGCUGUCUUUCCCAACGUCACCGAAGGUGAGAAUGAAAACUGCAUGAACGAUGUUCACUCGAUCCUCGACCAAAUGAUCCAGCGUGGAAACAAGCUCGCAGCAGCGCGAAAGUCCGAACUUGUACAGCUUGAAAAGCUCUUCCAGGAAGUCGCAGAGCGCAUCGAACGGCGGGGACUUGAGACACUUACCCUGCCCACAUCUUUCGCGGCGGUGCCACCGCCCUCCGAGCUGUGCUCCGAAUUUAUGAUGGCGGGACGCGUCGACCGUCCUCAAGACUCGGGAGAUCUGCCAGCUUGUCCAGUGCCUUUGACCUCGGUACCAGGGUCCCCGUCUGUUCUGGCUCAAUCUUCGAGCCUCGGCUUUUUAGAUAGUAUUGGGAUUUCCUCGUACGAGUUUUUCUCGUUGGUAAAUCAGAUUGGGCAGACGGAGGGGUGUAGCGUUUUGGAUGCAGGUGCGCCAUCCUGGGAUGGGUCCAUGUAG